GUCAAGUGGUUCACACCUUUCUGCUACUGAGAAGAGCAGAAGAACAGCCAAACACACUUGAAAAGAAAAUGAAGAGGUAUCAUGAUGAUUGAGAAGAAUAAAUGGACACUGAUAUUUUCAUGAUGACAGACACAUCUCCUUUGUCUUCCCAGACUGCUAUUUUGAUUAAAAAAAAUUUCACACAACUCGAAACUUGGCCAAAAAAAGGCUAUUUCAUGGGAAGCAAAAAAGGCUUUUUCCUAGAAACAAUCAUCAUCAUAUGUAUCCCAAUGUGCAUCUGGGGAUUCUUUGGGAAUGGAACUAUCUUCUGGCUUCUCUGCACCAGAACAAAGAGGACUAGGUUCACAAUUUAUGUCCUCAAUUUGGUAAUCGCUGAUCUUAUUGUGGUCAUCUACUACAUUAUUGCUUUUAGUUUAUUUUUGACAUCAACCUAUCCUGAUUUAUACUUUUCACGUCUAAUGGAGAAUGUUUAUUUAAUUGGCUACAACUCCAGCAUUUAUUUUUUAACCGCUAUCAGUGCUGAAAGGUUCCUCAUGGUUUUUAUCCCAGUCUGUUACUAUCAUCACCGACCAAAGCAUCUCUCAGGAGUGGUGUGUGCCAUUUUGUGGCUCUUGUCCUGCCUAGUGUCAAUUGCGGUAUAUGUUGCCUGCUUUCCAGGAUUCCUUUCGUCUCACCAUCGAGGUAGUUUCCCUUGUGAUGCCACAGUUGUAUUUGAAAUUAUUGUCAACCUCCUGAUAUUUUUUCCCAUCAUGUUCUUUUCUGCUGUGGCCCUUUUUAUCAGAAUGCAGAGAAAAGCAAAGGAAGGAUGCUCUGAGAGGCUUGAUGUCACCAUCACAGUCAUUGUGAUUCUGUACCUUUUUUUUGUUUUUUCAGUUAGAAUUAUUAAUGCCACAGCCUACUUGGACCCAAGACUUGAUGCGCCAGUCCCAUUUUUAUUUUCUCUGCUAUCUGAUGCCAUCAAGAGCGGUGCCACCCCUUUUGUCUACAUCUUUGUUGGAUGUUGCCAUAGCCGUAUAACUGUGGCACUUGUUCAUCAGUUUCUUGCAAAAGCUCUGGCAUGUAAAAUAAAAAAGAGCAGUUUACAUACAACUAAUAAAAAAAGAGCUCUCAGAGUAUCUUGGAGUCCAGAAGUAAACUGA